GGACAAAUAGUGUAUACGACAAACACGUUUUGUUUUGAAGACUUGCGUCAGAAUUAGUGGAAAAAUAUCGUAUGAAUUGAAUAAUACUAUUGAAUGCAAUGUUAAGUAGCGGUCAAUAAAUUGUAUUUAGAAUUCAAUAAAAAAGACAAUUUGAUUGUAACUAUCAAUCAAUCAAUCGAUCGAUCGAUUGGUUAAUCAUUUAUUUUUGUCAAAACAAAUGAUCGGUUAUUAUAAACAAAAAUAGACGACAACAACAACACAAGCGAAGGUCGUAUGUCAUCGGCAAUGGACAGAACACUGUCCUCAAUGGACGCACCGUUUGGUGCGGGUAUGUCGUCGCUCGGCGGUUACGGCGGACAACUACAGUCACCGUAUCUCCAGUUUGAUCCGUUACUAUUGGAGGCAAACGGCGGAAAAUCGGAGUUUAUAUUUCCCGACGGCGGACAACGUGCCAAUAGAGGCCGCUUUGAGCUGGCCUUUAGUCAGAUCGGCUCAUCAGUGAUGACUGGCGCCGGUAUCGGUGGUGCAAUGGGUGCCGUUAGAGGUGUUCAGUCGGUAUCGCAAUUGCAAGAGUCGAUAGCUGUUCGUCGGUCACAACUUCUAACCUUUAUUACGAAAAACGGCGCUUCAAUGGCCAACACAUUCGGAACUAUAGCUUUAAUUUAUUCGGCCAUUGGUGUUGGCCUGUCCUUUGUCCAGGACUCUAAUGAUGACAUUAAUACUGUAUCCGCUGCCGUGGCUACCGGUGCUAUUUAUGGUGGUCUCUCUCAGCCGCCAACCAAUAAGAGAACAGAGAAAGCACUAUCAAUGGGACAAAAACUAUGGCAAAUCCGAUUGAAACGUUCGGUAAUCGGCAGUGUUAUUGGUUUGUCCGCAUCUGUAGCCUAUGUAUUGCUUUUUAACAAAGAUAAAUAUAUUAAAAAAUAAUGUCAUUAAUUUAGAUUUAAUUUUAAAAUUGUAUUAAUCAAAUUAU